AUGUGGAGUGCUCGCCUCCAACUGCGGUCGCUGCGCAGGAUCCCCGCCUCGCGCCAGCUGUCAACCCUUCGAAGCAAAAAUACCCAUCGCGGUCCCCGGGGCAGCAUUGUCAGACCAACACCUAUUCAGCCGAUAAAACAGUCCGAUGCUACCUCUCGAAACCCCGAAGCGACAAGCGCCGACCCCCAACCCGAACACCAGCCUCAGGAUGCAUACAACGCCAACUACGACCCUGCGCAAAACACCCUUCUCUCCCCCGUCCACAUCCCAGAGGAUCCAAAUGGCGUUCUUAAGGAAACUCAUCCGGCCACACAAAUCCUCUCAAACUCUGGUGUUGUCGUUCAGCGGCAGCUGGAGAUGAUGAAUAUCAUGAUUGGUUUCGAACAGGCGAAUAAAUAUGUCAUUAUGGAUGCGCAAGGAAAUCACAUUGGUUAUAUGGCAGAGCAAGAAAAGAGCAUGGCCAAUGCUAUGGCACGUCAAUGGUUUCGCACGCAUCGAAGCUUCGUGACGCAUGUCUUCGACCGCCACGAGAAUGAAGUCCUCCGAUUCCAUCGUCCAUUCUCCUGGAUUAACUCCCGAAUCAAAGUCUAUGAUCCUCUCGAUGUCACCACCGCCAUACAUACCUCUUCAACCGCUAUCCAAAAUACAACCCCGGGCUCUCUUGUACAGGCCGAAGUCUCAUCGAAUGCACGUGUCUCGCCCCUCGGGUUCGACGAGAUGCGCGUAAUCGGUGAAGCCCAACAACAAUGGGCGCCACUGCGACGGAAAUAUAAUUUAUUUACGUACCACCAAUCUCCGAACCCCGAAACGGACAUGGGUUCCCAGCAAUUUCCUCUCUCGGGAUCAGAGCUAUCCCAAACACAAAAGUUACAACUUGCGCAAACUUCCAAACAAGGACAGGGCGAAUUCAACCAGUUUGCUUAUGUUGAUGAGCCAUUUUUAUCCUGGGACUUUUCUCUGCGGUCCGCUGAAAACCGCUUGAUUGGAUCUGUUAACCGCGACUUUGCCGGUUUCGCUCGCGAGUUCUUCACUGACACUGGUGUCUAUGCCCUACGAAUGGACUCAGCUGGUGUUGGCGCCGAAGCCUCCCCCACUGGAAGCAGUACGCCGACCGGAAUGACCCUUGAUCAACGGGCGGUGAUGCUGGCAACAGCGGUCAGUGUUGAUUUCGAUUACUUCAGUAGGCACAGCGGAGCAGGUGGCUUCGGUUUUAUGCCACUCUGGAUUCCGGGCAUGGGUGGUGAGGCUGCUGGUGGAGCUGCCGCCGGUGAAGCUGCCGGGGCAGUCGGUGGUGCUGCAGCUGGUGGCGCCGCUGCUGGCGAAGCUGGAGCUAUCGGUGAAGCUGCCGCGGGCACUCUGGGAAGAGCGGGAGCUGCUGGCGGUAUGGGAGAUGGAAUGGCGGCAGGUGUAACAGGGGCUGGGGCCAUGGCUGGAUAUGAGGCAAUGCAGAGAGGAUUUUCCGGCGAUCAAAGCUCCCAAUCUGUCCCACCUGGGGAAGCAGCUAGCCAGCAAUCGGCCGACCAACCGGAUUUCUACCAUGACUACAGCCCGCCUGGUGAGCAGAAGGAGGAUGUAUGGGGUCAAGAAGAGGACCCAUGGAGCGAUGGAGAUGAUGGCGGCGGUGGUGGUGAUGACUUUGACUGGUUUUGA